CCCACCCCGUCACACACUUCUCCUACUGACCUGCACCUUCAACACACACUCCUUCAGCCCUGCGCACUUCUGGAGUAACGUAUCAGGUGGGAACAUGAUGACCAUAGUGUUUCUGCUGGCCCUCCUGGGAGGGGUGUUCACGGCUCCGUUUGUGAAUGAAGAACAGGCCAAGAAGUUCAUUCGUCAGAAGAGACAAACCGGCUACUGGGACCCAAACCACUCCCAGAACAUGUGGGGCUACACCAUUCAGGAGCAGGCUAAUGAAUACUGGACUGCUCUGAGAACAGAUGCUCAGUAUUAUAUGGACAUGGGUAACCUGAUGUUCGACCGCUCCAUGGCUGAUGAGAAUAAUCGGCUGUAUAUGGAGAUGCUGAGGAACGCCAGAGCUCAUCUCGAUGCUCAGACAGGAAGAAGCCGAUAGAUCUGGCCAGUCCAGCCAUGAAAAUGACGAAGAUGAUGAAGAAGAUGAUCUGAUACCAGCAGAGACUGGGAGCUCCAGAGAGUCACACUGGACAGAGAUCAGGGAUGGACUUUCUGUUUAUUAUGUUGUUUAGUAGCUAAAAAUACAUUAUACAAAUAUUAUACCUACUCAUACCUACCCAUAAAGUAUUACCGACUGUAUGGUCAGACGUUUACAUUAAAAAAUUAAAAAAUAAAACAUAGACUCAGCCUGCA